UCGGCUCUGUUUUUCCUUCUUCUUCUUCUUCUUCUUCGUCUUGGAUCUUGAGUUCCUUCAAUGACGAUGAAGAUUCCAAUGGCCUUUUUUACAGUAGCUUCCAUUCUGAUUUCAAUGGCGGAUUCAAGAGCUUGCGAUUUUCCGGCGAUUUACAAUUUCGGCGAUUCCAAUUCCGAUACCGGCGGAAUCUCCGCCGCGUUUUACCCUACCAUUUUGCCCUGCGGCGAGACGUUCUUCCAUAAAACCGCCGGUCGAGGCUGCGACGGCCGCCUCAUCAUCGAUUUCAUUGCAAAGCAUCUAGAGUUGCCUUACUUAAGCGCAUACCUAAAUUCAAUUGGAGCAAAUUUUCGACACGGUGCAAACUUUGCGACGGGUGGUUCCACAAUUCGGAAUCAAAACGAAUCGGUGUUUGAGAAUGGAGUCAGCCCGUUUUCACUCGAUAUUCAAGUCGUACAGUUUCGUCAGUUCAAAAAUCGUACUAUCGAUCGAUAUCGUGAAGAAACAAAUGACUUUAUUAGAAGCACUCUUCCGAUACCAGAAGACUUCUCCAAGGCUCUUUUCACCAUCGAUAUUGGUCAGAACGAUCUCUCUGCUGGAUUUCGAAAAAUGACAAACGACCAAUUUCGAAGGGCAAUUCCUAAUAUCAUUGGAGAAUUUGCAGCCGCCAUUGAA